AUGAAUGUUAGUCGAGACGUAGACAGUUAUGAAGAAGAUCUUCCUAGUCAAACAGAACAAACCUUGAUAACACAAUUAGUUGAAGAUGAUUUAUCUCAACGUUAUCGGGCUGUUGCACAAUUAAAAAACCUUAUUAUUGGAAGUAAACGAUUUAAAAGUACAUUUUAUCGCGUCGGAACAUUAGAACUAUUGUACAGUCUACUCAAUCAAUUUUGUACACCAUCUGCUAGUAAUAAUUAUAACUUUGACUUACUGAUUCAAAUUAUCGAUUGUGUUUCAUCAUUUGCUAAGUCGAGUAAUAAAUUAAUAAUUGAACGUCUCAUUGAACUUGGAUUUAUUCAACAAUUACUCUGUUUAUUGAAUAUUCACAAUGACUCACUUACACUAUGUGAAUCAUGUUUAAAAUGUUUAAAAUCAUUUUUUAUUAGCAAAAAUAAUAACAAUCAAUCAAAAACAGAUUAUACAAAUUAUUAUUAUCAACAACAAAGUUCACUUACUCCGUUAAGUGAACAAGAUACGUUAAAACCAUCGAUAACUUCAUCGCAAAUAUUCAACUCAUUUACACCAUCUUCAACUUCUGUUUCUAUAAACUCACGUUCUCCUAUUGAUAUUUUGUUUGAUGAUCCAUCGUCAAUUGAUUGUUUACUAAAAUUAUUACCAAUGUCUAAGACAACACAAUUAUGUGUUAUUGAAAUUUUAACAUGCGCGUGUAAGAACAAUGAAUUGCAAUUACAACUUAUACAAAAAGAUACAAUUAAGACCAUUUUACAUCUAUUAGUACAAAGUUCUGUUUCGACGACGGCAACUAUGCAAUCGAUGGCAGAUAAACUUAAUCCGAACAAAAAUAACGUGUUGGAUAAUGGAAACACUACGACGACAACAAUAACAAAAACAUUUUCAUUAAAACCAACGUUCGAAAACAAUACGAUAUCGAGACUACAACAAUUAGCGAUCUGUGAUAUUGUACAAAAAUUUUUGAAUAAUGGCAAAUAUAAAUUAUUUCAAAUUUAUUACUAUGCAGCCAAAUUUUUUGUUAAUCUAUGUAAAACAAAAACACUACAACCGGAUCAUAAAUAUGUAUCUCUUGGUGCGAUGACAACAUUAAUUCAUUUGUGUACAAAAUAUCAUUUAUCAUGUGUCUAUUUAUAUUCUGAAUGUUUGGAUACAUUAACAUAUUUAUUAAAUGGCAAUCCUAUUCUACAUCAUUGUGCCACGUACACCGAACAAUUAUUAUCAAAAUUAUUUGUGUAUGUGGUAACACCAACAAAAAUUAUCGAUGGUAACAGUGAUACAUCCCAAAUAGCGAUUCUACAAACACGAGCAUCAGCAUUAACAUUACUAGCCGUUUUGUCAUCUGAUUUUGAAGAUAUUCGAAAACGUAUUUCUGAGUAUGAAAGAAGUACAAAUUUCAAGUAUUGUUUAGAUUUAAUACCAACGGCAAUUGAAUGUUAUCGAUCUUUGAAUAUUCCAUUACAAGUAGCAUCAUUACGUUUAUUUCAUGGUUUAUCACGUUCUGUUCAACAAUUACGGACAACGUUUAAUGAUACAAUUUGUGAUUUAUUAUUAGAUUCAAUUAAAAGUCAAGAUUUAGCCGUAGUUAAAGUGGGCUCAUGUGUCAUUAGUAAUGUUGUCUUAGAAUUUUCCACGUGUCGAAUGCGAUUAUUAGAUGGUGGUAUAUUAGAAAUAUUACUCAAUUUAUUAGAUCAGACUGAUCGCGAAUUGUCUGUUAACGCUAUGUGGGCUAUUCGAAAUAUGGCUCAUUUGGCAAAUCUAAAAGUAAAACAAGAUAUUGUGAAUGGAUUGACCGUUGAACGUAUUUAUUCAACACUUGAGCAAUGUUCAGAUAAACAAUUUCUUAUGUGUAUUCUUAGCCUUCUACGUAAUCUGUUUCUCGAAAAAGAUAUCGAUAUUCUAAUUCAUUUGUUUGACCGAACGAAACUUUUAACGAUAUUACAAACAAUGCUCGAAAAAGAUUAUCCAGAUGAAGUUCAUGAACAAAUACUCUAUUUAUUAGAUAAUUUAGCAUCAAAUGAGAAUAUGAAAACAAUGAUGAAAGAAUCAGAUGGAUUAUCCAAGAAAAUUUCUAGUUUCCAGCGGUUCAGCGAUAAUCUUAGGUACAAAUGGUCUAAAAAUCCUAAUUUUUGUAAAGCUCGAUUUCCACCAGAAGGAAUAAUACCCCGCCUUUCGGCUACCUUGCGACUCAUACCUCAUCUUGUUUACAAAUCGCGGCAACUAUGUGUUCAAAUUCGUUAUACGAAUCGCAAGCUUAUGACAUUCAGGAGUCGUGCGAAUACGUGGAAUAUGAAUGAACAUUUGCCGAAACUUGAAAAAGAAUUAGAACAACUAAUCAAUAUGGCAUGGAAUAUUGGUGUGACUGUAACUGAUUUUGAACCUUCAUCGCAAGCACUUCUUAAUCAGUCACUAGAAAAUCUAAUUAAUUCACUUAAAGAAAUUGAUCAAAUGAAAAUACAUUUCAGUGAUAUUCAUAUUCCUGGACAAUUAUUAAGUUAUGUUGAUGAAUUGAAAAAUCCACAAUUGUACACUAGUGAUUGUUUGAAACAUGCUUUAGAACGUAAUGAAGAAAUAAAAGGAAAAAAUGAUGCAUUAGAAAAAUUUGCCACUAUGUUAUCGGUGGAACUAAGUUCACAAUUUCCAAAUCAAAUGGCUCAGUACAGACUAUGGCAGAAGAAAACAUUGGAAGAAGGACAAUCUGCAAUUGAUUCUGUUCCAUAA